UCAUCUGCAGCGUCAUAGAGAGAGACAUAGGAACUGAGCCAGAGUCUCUCAUUCAUAAAAAAAAAAGUGACUUCAUUCAUAAAAGCUGCUCAGUUGAUCCAUGCCUCAGAGAGAAAACCCUGGAUGCCCGGUAAACUGACUGUAAAAGUGUUCAGUCUGGAGGUAUGAGACUUUACUCGGCAUGACUGCAGCGGAGCAGACAGGAUUGUAAUCUACACAGGACAGACCCAGACCGGUGAGGUGUUCCAGUGCCCUGAUUAUGCGAGAGCAAACCAUACUCAAGUUCAAACCACAGACAGGACUUCUACCAGGCAUGCUGAAACGCACCAAAUACAGCCCACUGCGUAACGACUCCUUGACCUCUUUGGAGGAUCGCCCUGAAAGAUUGCUACCCUCAAAGAGGGACCUUUCCCUAGACUCUGAUUUUGCUCAGCUUGAUCCCGGGACUCCAUCUCCCCAUGGAUCAUCCACCCUGAGGAACUUCAUGCCCCGUGUGGCCAGCAUCCGGCUGCAAAGUCCAAACUGCCUGAGGAGAGUCCUGAAGGGACAAGCGAACACAAUCAGAACUGUCAGUAAACGGGACGACAGAGCAGAUUGGAGCUCUUCCCUCGGUGGGUCCUUCUCCUCUGGACCAGACCCGAUUCACCCGGCUCUCCUCUCCACAAGGCGUCCCAUCACACUGCACCAGAUGGCCAGCCUCUCCUGCGCCCCGUGCUCGCAGCAAAGUGACGGGCUCUGCCGCUUGAAGACAGUAGACGACUGUGCAGUGGUGAGGACAUCGAACAAAGCAGUUCACCAUCACGUGAAGUACAUGGGUAGCGUGGAAGUGGUCCAGUCCAUGAGGACACUCGACGUUGAUACAAGAAUGCAAGUCACACGGGAGGCAAUUAGCAGACUGUGUGAGAGGACUUCAGUGAAAUCUUUGCUGAGAACUAAGAGGCCUCCGUGUAAAGGGAUUUCUGCUGUUUUGGGUCAGAUCAACAUGCAGUUUUCUGGGAGCAGAGCCAUCCUGACAGUGUCCACAGACAGUUUGUCUCUGAUCACAGCCUCCAACUUACAGAUGAUUGUCAACCAUCCCAUGCAGGGCAUUUCAUUUGCCUCCGGAGGAGACCCAGACAUGUCAGACUAUAUUGCAUACGUUGCGAAGGACGUCAUUAAUAAUAGAGAGUGCCAUAUCAUGGAGUGUCCCCAAGGUCGGGCCGGUGAAAUUAUCAGCACCAUCGGGCUGGCCUUUGAGACGCGCUUCCGGCAGCUUCUCAGCCAGACAUCAACGCUCCUCUCCCCAAGGUCUGUGGUUAGGAUAUGUCCAAGAUGGAGCCCCAAAGAGGCAUCAGUGGAGCAAAAGACCAAGCAGAAGGAAGAGGUCACCGAGCAGCCGGACUACUAUAACGUCACCACGGGAAAAAACUUUUUUUCACUGGUUGGCGGCAAAGAGGGCAAGCAGGUGUCAAAGGAGGAGAAGAAACAGGAGCCUGAUAUUCAGGAGGUCUGCUUGUCUCGGCCGGUUUCGCUCCAUGACUACUCAGUCAGAGAAGAAACUUCAGCUCCAUCUGCAGACUCUGUGCAGUGUGAUGACAGUGGAGAACAACACCCUCCCCUCUUCGACACCCCAGUCCAGAGCUUAAUUUACCAGGAAGUCUGGUUCCACGGCAGGCUGGACAGAGAAAAGGCAGAGUCUCUCCUCACCUGCAGCGGGGAUUUCCUGGUCAGAGAAAGCAGCUCGGCCUCCGGUCAAUACGUCCUCAGUGGGAUGGAGGGCGCCACUGUGCGACAUAUACUGCUGGUGGAUUCACACGGGCAGGUGCGAACACGGGACCAGGUGUUCCAGAGCAUCGGUCACCUGGUCCAAUUCCACAUGGAGAAGCAGACGCCCAUCUUCUCUGGAAGCAGCAAGCUGCGUCUGAAGCAGCCGAUCCUGCAAUCACAGUAACACCGAGAGACUACGAAAUGUAAAUACAAGAUUCGAGCCCCAAAAAUGAAAAAAAAAAAGUUUUUUAAAAAUCAACAAAUAAAUAAGGUUCAUCGUCACAUUUAGCAGCCUGAUAAAAUUAAACAAACUGUAAAUUCACAAGUUCAGAAUUACAGUGAGCUGUGACUUUUUGAGGGGCGGAAAAAUGCGUGUACAGUUCUUGAGCUAACUUCCUGUCCAUUUGUUUCUGUCCGUCAUGAGUAAAUUGUCAGCCCCUCCGUCCCACAUUGAGAGCAGCUGCUCGCCUGCGGAACAUCCGGCCUCCUCCAUGCAGACUUUGCUGGCCUUUACUCGAAGUUUAAGCACAAUCUCUGCUGCCUGGAGGAAAUGACCAGAAUGCUGGUUUACU